AUGGGUUGGUCCCAAACAAGGGAAAUGGCACCGGUUAUUUGUAAUUUCGAUUUGAUGGCACGGCUGGCAUCGUUUGCUCUGGAGGACAAGUACGAAGUACACAACGGCGAUGAAAGCACACCAGCAAUCGUAGUGCAUCCAUGCGAGACUCCACUGGACGCCUCGUCCAGCAUAGAAAUGCCGCGCACACCGAGGCCGUCGUCUCCUCCAUGA